AUGAACGAAAACGACAAAGAACUCAUAAAAGGAGUGCUUUCGCAAGACCGAAAAGUCGACUUCAAAGCCCUCACACAAUUUAUCAAGCCCGAAAUCGAGCCCGAUGAAAUCACAAGAGCUAUGGUCGAGAGCACUCGACUUCGCUUUAAGGGUCUCGAAAAACGACUUGGCAUUGCAACUCCCAAGUCUUUCACGCCUGACACAUCACCCAAGAAGUCUCUUCCUAAAAAAGAAAGCAGCCGAGGCAGAAAGAGAAAGGUACAUAUCGAAGAUGAUACGGGCGAAACGUCGAGCCCGAGCAAAAGGAAAGAUAAAGGACAGGCAAAGACAGUUGUGAAGUUGGAGGGAAGUGAUAAAGAGGAUAAUGCGUUUGAGGAUGCUAUGUUUGUAUAUGGGCAUCUUGAUCAUGAUGAGGCUUGA